GCUUCUAUAGUGGUAUUAAAGGUAACCCUCAGGGGUCCCGCGGAUGUACAGUACAGUACAUUGACAAGCCGCGACCUUGCGGCCUUCGAACCCCCCCUGCUGUGCUGCCUACAGGUAGGUAAGGUACCGGACAUUUUUCUCUGUUCUUAUUCCGCACGUCUCCGGCAGCAGAGUUGUCUUGUCCGGCAUCGGUGCCUCUCAAUCGUCUUCCCAUGUACCUCACCAUGACACCAGCCGAAGCUUGAACUAGUAUCUCUUGCGCAGUUACAAUCAACAAUGCUAAGGUCCGUUCUUUCCUGGGGAGUGCUCGUCGCUCUCGCGAUGCCUACCGCCGCCAAUAUCCUGAUGUCGGCAAAUCAGGCCGAGCUACACCCUAUUGUAGCUCCCACGAAACGCCCCAAUGUCACGACGACAGAUCCGUGGACGUGCGUGACUGAGAGCAUCCGAGACCGGUACUUCAACCCGCCGCGACCGAGCGGUGCUCUGGAUGACGCCCAUUACUCGUACGGCGUCCAGCUGCUUGAGACGUGUAGGACGACAGGCGUUUUCGAGUACCGCACCGACUGCGAUUUUCCCAACAAGACGCUUUGGUGCGGCAUCACAACCGUGCUGCCGGCAUCGCUCCUCCCGGCCUACUCGGCCUACGCCAGCAGCGCCUGGUCCUGGUGGUCGGCGCACAGCUCCAGCGCCGUCCGCGUCGCCCAGGAAUGCCCGCUGCUCUGGUACCAGAUAGCCAAUAAUGUCGUCCUGGGCGGUGCGGUCUGGAUGAACCACACCCUCAUCAACGCCGAGUGCUAUGCCGAGGCACACCAGACCGUCACCGGGUCCCGAUCGUCGGCAACGGGGCCGACCGCGACGCCGGGACAGGGCGCAACAUCCGUGUCUGCGCCGGCCAGCACCUCCGCCAGUGUCCUCCCGACCCAGACAAGCAGCGUCCCCAGCUCUGGCGAUCCGGUUCCUCUGCAGCUUCGCCUGCAGCUACGGAUACUGCCCUCCCGGCCUAUGCAAGUGCACAUCGUACGGCGUACCCAAGACCCGACGCAGUCCGACCAGCGCAACGGUUGCCCGAUCUCCGGUGUCAGCGACGCUUACAAGGGCCUGUGCAAUUUCUCGUGUAAGGAAGGGUUUUGUCCGACGAAUCUUUGUCAGUAUUGCUAGGGGAGGGUGGCAAUUGGCUGUUGUGGGGUGAAUACACGAUGCGAUAUCUUGAAAGUGACCCACCUGGGUAGGUAUCUGAUGGGCGUGCGGAAUGAGAAUGGUAUGAUGGCGGCGGCGAUGACCGAGAUCCGUGAGAAUUUCCGAGGUGAUGUUGUCGCUCAGCGGCAUCCAGAGAUAGAACUGCAAACCUACACCGCGCUUCUUCAACCCCCUGUCUUCAACCUACUACAAUACAGUCAAUAUUUGCACGAUCAAACAAGCUCAUUUUUUGAGUACAGCUCUGUCAAUACAAAAGGGCUUAUAAGAAACAAGAUUUAGACGAUGCGAUUCACGAAUAC